AUAGAAUUGGGAGCUAUGCCAAAUAUAUCAGAUUUCUAUCCUCUAUUUGAGGCUCUGGAUCUGCAGGGAUUGAGAAAGCAGACAGAAAUAUAUCAGAGUCAAUUGAUCAACAUCUGGAGUGAAAUUGUCAAGGAAAAAAGGCAGGCAAUUAGCCGUCAUAGCUCGGAUUUUUUGGAUGUCAUGAUUGAUAGUGGAUUCUCAGAUUUACAGAUCAAUAUCUUAGUGACAGAAUUAAUUUCUGCGGGUUCUGACACCACAACCUCAACAAUUGAAUGGGCAAUGGCAGAGUUGCUAAGGAACAAGGGUGCUAUGCACAAACUUCAGGCUGAGCUUACAAGUAAAUUCAGGGAAAAUGAUAUAAUCACAGAAUCAAACAUCAGUGAACUUCCAUAUUUGGCUGCUUGUGUCAAGGAGACAUUGAGACUCCAUUCGCCUACUCCCUUCUUGAUUCCUCGUCGUGCUCCUGAGACGUGUAAGAUUAUGAAUUAUACCAUCCAAAGAACUCGAAGUUGUUUGUGAAUGCUUACGCAAUAGGGCGUGACUCCAACACAUGGGAAGAUGCAUUAUCUUUCAGGCCAGAGCGAUUUCUUGACUCCAAGGUGGACUUCAGGGGUCAAGAUUUUGAGUUCAUACCAUUUGGCGCAGGGAGGAGAAUAUGCCCUGGCUUAGGUUUUGCUAGACAAGAAAUUCACUUGAUUUUAGCUAGUUUGAUCCAUUACUUUGAGUGGUCACUUCCUAAUGGUGAGGAUCCAAUGCAGUUAGAUAUGGAAGAAAAGUUUGGUGUUACUCUACAGAAAGAAAAGCCUCUACUCAUUGUCCCUAUGUAAUGUGUAUAUCUUUUUUGUUCUCCAUAUGCAACAUGUACCUUCACUUGCAAAUAAAAACUAUACUAUUAUGUUCCAAAGCUAUCUUAUUUUUUAGAAUGGAAUUAGUUUUUGCAUUGUUAUGAUAGAAUGGUUGGUGAUUGUUGGUGAUCAA